UGUGGGUUUUACCAAAACAAGCAAAGGAUGAGGUUAUCGUAUGAAUUUUAAUAAUAUUUUGUUUCUUUUUCUAGGUGGGGUUUGAGGAACUUGAGGGAAAGAGAGGUAAGAUGAAUAAGGAAAGGGGUGUGUCUGUUUGGCCAUUGGAGAGUAGAAAAUAAAGGGAAAGAAGGAAAGAAAGAAGAGAGGAAAUGGAAAAAAAGGCAUUACAAAACAAGGAGGGGACUGUGCAAUAGGAAUCAAUCAAACACAGACAUCCACUGCUUCCAUCUGGGUCGUCUUUAGUCUGCUCACUGUCAUCAGAUUUUUUCCUGCAUCUUUGCCUUGUUUUGCCUCUACAAGAUUUUCUUGAUUUUGCCUAUUUUUGUGAGAUCUCAUUCUCUCAAUCUCAUUCCCUUCAUUCCCUUCAAUCCCUUCUAUUGCAUCCUCUCAGCUUGCUGUGUUGUGUACUGUGUCUGGUUUUCCGCAGUUGGAGAGUUUCAACUGGGUUUCUGGAGAUGGUGAGAGGAAAGACUCAAAUGAGGCGUAUAGAAAACGCCACAAGUCGGCAAGUCACCUUUUCUAAGCGGAGGAAUGGCCUCUUCAAGAAGGCCUUCGAGCUCUCCGUGCUCUGUGAUGCUGAGGUUGCGCUCAUCAUUUUCUCUCCAAGAGGGAAGCUCUAUGAAUUUUCCAGUUCCAGUAUGCAGGAGACAAUAGAACGAUAUCAACGGCACACAAAAGAUGUUCAUACCAACAACUACAAGACUACCGAACAUAACAUGCAGCAUUUGAAGCAUGAAGCAGCAAAUAUGGCAAAGAAGAUAGAGCUUCUUGAAAUUUCCAAACGGAAACUCUUAGGAGAAGGUUUGGGGUCAUGCUCCAUUGAAGAACUACAACAGAUAGAACAACAGUUGGAGCGCAGCGUAAGCAGCAUCCGAGCAAGAAAGAAUCAGGUUUUCAAGGAACAAAUCGAGCAACUGAAAGAAAAGGAGAAAGCCCUAGCAGCUGAAAAUGCAAUGCUGUGUGAAAAGUGUGGGGUGCAACCGUAUCAAGCUCCGAAUCAAGAGAAUGAAACUUUGCCUAGUGCAGACAGAAGCCAAAAUUCAGAUGUCUCCACUGACUUGUUCAUUGGACUGCCUGAGGGGAGAGCCAAGCGCCUCCUAUUGGGAAACUGAUGAAGGGGUCCAUGCUCAGCAACACUGCUAUAUACUAUGAGUUGCACCAGCGCGAGCAAUGAUUCUAGUAUCAGUCGUACGUGUAGUAAGAGUAAUGUUUUGUCUAUUGAAUACACUCAAUGGUCGGUAUGAUCAGAAGAAUACUUUCUCAGAAAAUUGUAUUAUGAUGUAAAUUACCCUGCAUUAAAUUUCACAAUGUGCUUUUCUCCUGUAAUGUUUUUAUGGUGACGCCACCCCCUCUUGAUAUACCUCUGCCCUAUUGUCGCUCA